UCAAAUUGCGGGGCAUCCUUUGUCUUCAGUGUCUUCUCCUGCAUCAGCGUUGCCGCUUAUGGCGGCUACAGCAGUAGCCGAGCCUAGGAAAGCUCCUCGACCGGGUAAGGGUGGGUUCGAAGCCCAUGGCCUUUCUGAAGAGGAGGCUAGGGUUCGAGCCAUUGCAGAGAUCGUCAACUCUAUGGUGGACCUCUCACGAAAAGGCCAAAAUGUCGACUUGAAUGCGCUGAAAUCCUCAGCAUGUCGCAAGUAUGGGCUUUCACGUGCACCCAAGCUAGUGGAGAUGAUAGCAGCCCUGCCAGAUACGGACCGAGAGGCGCUGCUGCCGAAGCUUCGUGCCAAACCUGUCCGAACUGCCUCUGGAAUAGCCGUUGUGGCUGUCAUGUCCAAGCCACAUCGUUGCCCUCACAUAGCAACUACUGGUAAUAUUUGCGUGUACUGCCCCGGAGGGCCUGAUUCGGAUUUUGAGUACAGUACUCAGUCUUACACAGGUUAUGAACCAACUAGUAUGCGAGCAAUUCGUGCCAGGUAUAACCCAUAUGUCCAAGCUAGAAGCAGGAUAGAUCAGCUUAAGCGUUUGGGUCACAGUGUAGAUAAGGUUGAGUUCAUUUUAAUGGGUGGUACUUUCAUGUCCCUUCCAGCAGACUACCGUGAUUACUUUAUAAGGAAUCUUCAUGAUGCUUUGUCUGGACACACUUCUGCAAAUGUUGAAGAGGCGGUUGCCUACUCUGAGCAUGGGGCAACUAAAUGUAUUGGCAUGACAAUUGAAACGAGGCCAGAUUAUUGUCUUGGGCCUCACUUGCGGCAAAUGCUUUCUUAUGGCUGUACACGACUGGAGAUUGGAGUGCAAAGCACAUAUGAGGAUGUUGCUCAAGACACUAACAGAGGGCAUACAGUAUCUGCUGUUGCAGAUUGUUUUUGCUUGGCAAAAGAUGCUGGUUUUAAGGUUGUUGCUCACAUGAUGCCUGAUCUUCCAAAUGUUGGUGUUGAGAGGGAUUUGGAAAGUUUUCGGGAGUUUUUUGAAAGCCCAUCAUUUAGAGCAGAUGGACUUAAAAUAUACCCUACACUUGUAAUACGGGGAACUGGGCUUUAUGAGCUCUGGAAAACUGGCAGGUAUAGAAAUUAUCCACCUGAGCAAUUGGUGGACAUCAUAGCAAGGAUCCUUGCCAUGGUGCCCCCUUGGACUCGUGUUUAUAGAGUUCAGCGAGAUAUUCCCAUGCCUCUGGUUACUUCUGGGGUUGAGAAAGGUAAUCUAAGGGAGUUAGCUUUGGCUCGGAUGGAAGACCUAGGCUUGAAAUGUCGUGAUGUCCGGACCCGGGAGGCUGGAAUCCAGGACAUUCACCACCAAAUCAAGCCUGAAGAGGUGGAGCUUGUUCGUCGUGAUUACAUGGCAAAUGAAGGUUGGGAAACAUUUCUAUCAUAUGAAGAUACUCGACAGGAUAUUCUUGUUGGUUUGCUGCGUCUGCGAAAAUGUGGUCGGAAUACUACUUGUCCAGAACUUAUGGGGAAGUGCUCUAUUGUUCGUGAACUCCAUGUAUAUGGAACUGCUGUUCCGGUCCAUGGGCGUGAUGCUGACAAGCUGCAACACCAGGGCUAUGGUACACUGCUAAUGGAGGAGGCGGAACGAAUUGCUUGCAGGGAACAUAGAUCAACAAAAAUAGCUGUGAUUUCGGGAGUUGGCACUCGCCAUUAUUACAGGAAACUGGGCUAUGAGCUUGAAGGGCCCUACAUGGUGAAAAAUCUAUCGUGAUUGUCACUCGAUGGAAUUGUUUUUUUUUUUUCACACUUUUUUUGUGAAGGUUUAAUGCCAUAAUAUGCAAAAUGUUGACUAUUUGGAGUAGUCACAAUUUAGUUAAAAUGUCCUUCAUUCGACACCCUAUUUUUUCCCCCCUAUAAGAAUCAGUUCGUAGUAAUUGACGAACUCAUGGUUAAUUAUUACAAAUAAAACAUUUCAAUUUUGAUAGAA